CGGAAGCAGAACAAUAGACCUAAUUAUGAUCCACCCAUAGCCAUUGGUAGCCGGCUGGCUUGUGGCAGUCCGCGAUCAUAAUCAUCAGAUCAUGGUAGUGCUCACAUGACGACACCGAAAAGAUUAUCAGAGCCAGCCAAUUUACCAACAGUGGAGCAAAGAUUUAUUGUAAUAGUCAAUUCGUCUACGAAGAGGAGCAAGGACAUAUUAGUGUUAACGUCUUAAAAGGUAUCAUUUAAAUAAGAAUAAUCGCGCCCUCGGAGUCAGCAACAGACUCCGGCAACCAUCUCACACCACAUUUGCCAUGUCGCCUUUCACCGUGGGUGACUACCUCGCAGAGAGGAUUGCCCAACUCGAUGUUCGCCAUCACUUCAUUGUUCCAGGAGAUUAUAACCUCAUCCUCCUUGACAAACUUGAAGCGCAUCCAUCCUUGGCUGAGAUCGGGUGCACCAAUGAACUUAACUGCUCCCUCGCCGCUGAGGGCUAUGCCCGUGGCCAUGGAAUUGGUGUUUGCAUCGUGACCUACAGUGUUGGUGCCUUCUCAGCCUUCAAUGGUGUAGGCAGCGCUUAUGCUGAGAACCUGCCUGUCAUACUCAUCAGCGGAUCUCCCAAUACCAACGAUGUGAGCCAGCAUAUACUGCAUCACACUCUGGGGGAAUAUGACACUACUUAUCAGCUUGAGAUGGCUAAGAAGAUCACUUGCUGCGCUGUACGCAUUCGUCAAGCUCCCCAUGCUCCUGAGCUCAUCGACCGAGCUAUCCGAGCUGCUCUCACACACCGAAAGCCCGUCUACAUCGAAGUGCCAACCAACUUGGCUGGCGAAACGUGUCUCCGUCCUGGGCCCAUCAGCUCUGUAGUCUCAGCUGUGCCAAGCGAUCAGCAUUCACUCGACGUUGCUGUGGCCAAGGCAUCUGAUUUCAUCAGCUCCAGGCAGAAGUGUGUCAUUCUUGCGGGGCCAAAAGUUCGGAGGGCCAUGGCGCAAGACGCCCUACGUCAGUUGGCGGAGGCGAUUGGAUGUGCUGUUGUGCUACAGCCUGCUGCAAAGGGCACAUUUCCUGAAGAUCACGCUCAAUUCGCCGGCAUCUUUUGGGGCCAGGUCAGCACGCUUGCAGCUGACACAAUCGUCAACUGGGCAGAUGUCAUCAUUUGUGUCGGUGCCAUCUUUACAGAUUACAGCACCGUUGGAUGGACGGCCUUACCCAGUGUUCCGCAACUGCUUGUCGAUAUCGACAGUGUGACUGUGGCGUCUAAACUAUACUGCAGCAAUGUUCAGAUGAGUGAGUUCUUGACCAGGCUCGCAGAAACAGUCUGCUGGAACGACACUACUAUGGUCGAGUACAACCGACUCCGCCCUGAUCCAACCUUGGGAGAGCCCUCUUGCGGCCCCGAGAGAUUGACGAGGAAGGAGAUUGCUCGACAGACACAGGUUUUGAUACGCCUCAAUCCUCAGACGGUCGUGUUUGCCGACACUGGAGAUUCGUGGUUCAACAGCCUUAAGCUGAGCCUCCCAUUCGGGGCUGAUUUCGAAAUCGAGAUGCAGUGGGGUCAUAUUGGAUGGUCCAUCCCCGCCUCUUUCGGCUAUGCCCUUGCAAGGCCUCGGAAGAGGAUCGUGGUCAUGGUCGGCGACGGAGCGUUUCAGAUGACAGCUCAGGAGGUAUCACAAAUGGUUCGCUUCCGAGUGCCCAUCAUCAUACUCCUUAUGAACAACAAAGGCUACACUAUCGAGGCGGAGAUUCAUGAUGGACUCUAUAACCGCGCUCAGAACUGGGAUUACGCACGCCUGGUCCAGGCAUUUGGCACUGACAAUGGGAAGGGACACGCGCUUGGUCUGGAGGCCCAUACUUGUGAGGAGUUCUCCAAGGGUCUUGAACGGGCCAUGGCGCACACAAAUGGCCCGACGCUUAUUGACUGCAACCUUCAUCAGGAUGACUGUAGCAGAGAGCUAAUUACCUGGGGGCAUUUUGUGGCGGCUGCCAAUACGCGAGUGCCGAAAAGGGAAUAGGACUCACUGGGAGCCACAGGUCUAGCACAGAUAUAGAUCAUUGUUGAUUCAAAAGAGAGAUCUUGCGUGCAGACUAUGCGGUAUUUGCAUCCUAUUAUAAGAUUAUAUUAUAAAACAUAUAUGGUUCACCUUUUUCCAGUGUAUUUUAGCUAAAGGAGAGCCUUUAUAAUAAAAAAUAUAUAAUUCAGUUCUAAUAACUUAACUUUUACUAUAAUUUACUUAUAGGUAUUAGCUAAGGCUAUUAUAUUAAUAUUAUUAUUGCCUUACUUAAAUAUAAUUAAUUAGC